AUGUGGCAUACCCCAGUGUUGGUCCUGCUGACGAUGACGGCCUGCUUUGCCUUCCCGGCAUCCGGCGGAUUGGAUGUAGAGAACCUUAGCGCAGGUGGCAAGAAGUUCUUCAUGGACAUGACAAAACAGGUGAUGGGGGUGCCGUCGUUGAAACCGGAGAAUCUUGCCGCCCAGUCGUUUUUCCGCAGUUUCCUCGAUAAAUACACAAAACUAGAUGACAAGACAAAGAGAGACAUGGAACAGCACGUGCCAACUGCCACGAAGAUCUUCAACCAAGCAGGUUUGUGCAAUUGUUGGGCUGUACUGUUUUUCACAUGUUACUUACUUACUUUAUUACAUGCAGUCCGCAUGUGA